AUGACACGACAAGACGGCGCCACUCUUCUUACACGUGUCCUUAGGUUUGGUCAGCUCAAUGGCACAUAUGUUUGCAAUGUGUACUUGAUUACAAAAAUUCUCUACGUGAUCAAUCUAGUCAUGCAAUUUAUUAUGAUGAAUAAAUUUCUUGGACAAAACGAUCCAUAUUGGGGUGUUCACAUACUCAGCGACAUCCUUACUGGCACCGAUUGGGAGCUUAGCGAAUAUCAGUAUUAUUAACAAUAAUCUUAGUAACAGUUCAAUAUCAGGUUCGCGUUCUCGGGAACUCGCAACGUUACUCUAUUCAAUGUGUGUUAUCACUGAAUAUGUUUAAUGAGAAGAUUUUCCUCUUUCUGUAUUUCUGGUUCAUCGUUGUGGGAUUUGUCACCGCUAUUGACGCUCUCAAUCUGGCAUACUAUACGCGAGUGAACACGCAAAAAUUACAGUAUGUACAAAGGUACGUAAGUUCAUUCUACACUAUACUCCAGAUAGCUGCACUGGCUCGAUACAUCGUUAGGGUACCGCGAGUUAUUGUAAAGGCCAAAUAUGCGUUCAAUCACCUCCAUAGAUGCUUAAUGAAGUCGAAUGCAUGGCGCAUCACUCAGGGAUUGAUCAACGUCGAGAGCUGUAUACUUUAUCCUUUUAAAAAGUAA